AUGAUAGAGAAAAGACGUUCGUUACCGCCCACUACAACGGCAAAAAAGCCUUCUACUUGCGACUAUCCUCAGCAUUAUAGCAAUAACAUAUACCAACAACAACCAACUCAACAACAAAGUACUGGAGGUAGAAAUCGCCGUCAUACACGCUGUUUAAGUGAUUACGGAGAACUCAUCCGCAAUAAGCAUAGCAGUAAAGAUUGCCCUAUUGGAACAGGCGCAUUUGCUACUGUUAUACUGACUCGACGCAAAGACAAAUAUAGCAACACUACAUCCCUUUAUGCUAUCAAAGUGUUCCAGCCUACCAGAUAUAUAAGAUCAGAGGCUCACUUUAUGAAGAAGAUAAUCAGUGAAUUCUGCAUUUCUUCGUCCUUGCAGCAUCCAAAUAUUGUAAAGACAAUUGACUUGGUAUUAGACGAAAAGAAUAGGUUUUGUACCGUAAUGGAAUAUUGUUCAGGAGGCGAUCUUUAUAAUUUCAUCAAAGAGGGCCGACUUACUUGCAUUGAUGAAAUAAACGGCUAUUUCAAGCAACUCUUAAAUGGUCUGGCCUAUUUACACCGCAUUGGUGUGGCUCAUCGUGAUAUUAAGCCUGAAAACUUACUAUUAGUUGGUGAAGGUACAUUAAAAAUCACAGAUUUUGGUGAAGCCGACGUCUUUCGUGAAGCACAUCAUCAACAGAAAGAAUACAAAUUGUCGGACGGCUUUUGCGGUUCUACACCGUAUAUUGCACCAGAAAUUUUUUUGUGGGCAAAACAAGGAUAUAAGGCUAGUCAAGCAGAUGUGUGGUCAGCUGGUAUAGUCUAUUUCUGUAUGCGCUUUAACGGGGUACCUUUCUAUUCAGCCACACAAAGUGAUACGAAUUACAGACUAUAUCAAAAAUGUUUUUAUACUUACCACCAACAGCAACAGCCUUUCCGUGAUCUUGACAGUGACGCAAAAGAUAUGCUGUAUUCUAUGCUUAACCCAGAUCCUGAACAACGAUACACCAUACAGGAUGUCUUAAAUAUACCAUGGUUGGCUGAGGUGCGGCCACCGACUGAAGAAAUAGAAGAGAACACCUCUCAAUAUUAUGAUACCCCUCAGAGGCCGUCACAGCAUUUGGAGCAUUGUUCGCAAUGCUUCGACGAUACCAAUACCACCACCGUAAGAGACGCAAAUUAUAGACGAAGUAUAGCUUGA